GUCUAGUUCCUCAAAAUUCUCCAACCUUUGCUUCUUCUUCUAUCUUUCUUCAACCUCUUUCUUUCUUCUUCAACGUCGACGUGUGUCUGCAAAGAACACAUAUAUAUAUCCCUGCUUUUUCUUAAUCCAGCAAAAAAUUGCCUCAUCUUAAUUGUUCUUGAAAAAAAACAUACAUAUAUAGAUAUGGUGGACGAAGGAGGUGUAGUUGUGAACCAAGGAGGGGACCAAGAGGUGGUGGAUUUGCCUCCAGGGUUUCGGUUUCAUCCAACUGAUGAGGAGAUCAUAACUCACUACCUCAAAGAGAAGGUCUUCAACGUCCGAUUUACCUCGGCUGCAAUUGGUCAAGCCGACCUUAACAAGAACGAGCCAUGGGAUCUACCAAAAAUUGCAAAAAUGGGAGAGAAGGAGUUUUACUUCUUUUGUCAAAGGGAUCGUAAGUACCCGACCGGCAUGAGGACGAACCGUGCAACCCUGUCCGGUUAUUGGAAGGCGACCGGGAAGGACAAGGAGAUCUUUAGAGGUAAAGGUUGUCUUGUUGGGAUGAAGAAGACACUUGUGUUCUAUAGAGGAAGAGCUCCAAAAGGUGAAAAGACCAAUUGGGUUAUGCAUGAGUAUCGUCUUGAUGGCCAAUACUCUUAUCACAACCUCCCAAAAUCCGCAAGGGAUGAAUGGGUGGUGUGUAGGGUUUUUCACAAGAACGCUCCUCUUCCCACUACUACAGCUACUACUACAAAUCAAAUUACAAGGAUUGACUCUCUUGACAACAUUGAUCAUCUCUUAGACUUCUCAUCUCUCCCUCCUCUCAUCGAUCCAGGUUUCUUGAGUCAACCUGGCCCAAGCUUCUCCAGUGCCGGCCAACAACACGACUUCAAACCCAUCCCCCAUCACCCUACAACCAUGCAGAUUAACAACACUUACCCAUCAUCCCCAACCCUCACUUACCCUUACCACUCAGUUCCUAAUUACGGAUUUGGUUCGGGUUAUGGGACCAGUUCGGGCAACAAUAACAACGGUAUGAUCAAGUUGGAGAAUUCUCUUGUGAGUGUGUCUCAAGAAACCGGUUUAAGUUCCGAUGUGAACACAACCGCGACGCCGGAGAUAUCUUCUUCGUAUCCAGGGAUGGUGAAUUCGGUGGCCAAUGCGGGGAUGAUGGAUGGUAACAAGAUUUCGUAUGAUGAUGAUGACUUGGGGAUCUUCUGGGACGACUACUAACUAACUAUUUAGUUGUGAAUUUGUGAGAAUGGCAUUGAUUACUUUGUUUAGUGAUUUUAAUCAGGUAAUUAAUUUGUUCUUAAAUCGUUAUGGAUUAUUAGGUUUUCCUAGGCAAUGAACUUUAGGUAGACUAUAUUGUUUACAUAGCUUUUACUUUGGGAUAAAAAAAUGGUUUGUAAUUUGAAACACAUUUCAUUGUGAUUAACUUGUGUAUAUAUAUAUACUUAUAUAUAAUUCU